AUGACGCCCGUAUCUGGCGCUGAUGCUGUUCUCCCUUCCGCCCGAAAGGGGUCUAAUGCCAGCAACGGGUCGGAACGCGGGCGUAACAGCCACACAUACGAAACCAGAUGGGAUAAGCCCUGUUCGGCGUCGACUUCAAUGAUCGAUCCUUCCCCCUUAAUGGGAACCGCCGACGCGGUAUCCCAGGAAAUCGCCAAAAUCGCUGCUCGUGCAGAUGCGUGGUUGACGGCGUACACGACAGCCGGUAGCGUAUCUGAGCGCGUGAAUGUGUUCUUUACCGGUCUGGAGGUGCUCCGUUCCGCUGCAGAUGCGCAUAAUGCAGCACGACAUAAGGCACAGCAGGAGAGCGCUGCGCUGCUGUUGAAAUCUAUAGACACGGCACUUGCGUCGUUGUCCGAGAUCCUUGAGGUCGCUUCCUCGACAACGCGUAGCUAUUCGCGGCUUUCCGGUUACAAGGAACAGCUGGAGCGCUACCGAAGGGUCGCCGGUGGGGCUGGCGAGCGUUUUCACGCGCAAGCCUAUAGUGCCGCAAUGUCAGACCAGAUACGUGAUAUUUGCGAAGAGGUGGCGACCAUAUCGAAAAAUCUCCAACCUCUUUCUCAGCCCGGCGACGCCGGCGCUGCGGCCAACGUGUCGUCGCUGUGCGACGCGUACGGCGUUUACGUGAAGCGCAAGAAACAGCGUACCACGCGCGAGCGUUGGGCAUUGUUUGCGGAAUCUCGGGCCAAAAGGAAUGCUGACCAACGGGGUUCCUCGCCGGGCGACACCAGCCCAGCGGCAGACACAACAUAA